AUGGGUUGCGUGCUACUGUAUAAGACGGAAAGAUAUUCUAGAUUAGUCAGUGAAACGACAAAGAAUGCAUUUGCUGUAGUUGUUGGUGGCGGUGUUGUGGGCACAUCAGUUGCAUAUCAUUUAGCGAAGAGGAAUAUUAAAGAUGUUAUUGUUCUUGAAAAAGGGAAGCUGGCAUCUGGAACAACGCACCACUCGCCAGGCUCGGUUAGUGCCAGUCAUCCCGCACACAGGUAUAAACCGAUUUUGGCGUAUUCUGUAGACUUGUAUAGCCGCUUAGAGGAAGAAACUGGAGAAAAAGUUGGUUUUGCCAGGACUGGCACCAUUAGAUUAGCUACAAACACAACUCGUAUGGAAGAGUUUCGGCGUUAUGUUGCCCGGGAUUAUUUUCAGAAGGGUGAUGCGUGCAAAACUUCCAUCAUUGGAGCAGAUGAAGUGAACGCGUUGGCUCCAAUAUUAGAUACAUCAAAAAUUUUGGGAGCCUUGUACACUACAGGGGAUGGUUACAUUAGCGCCGAGGGGCUGACGCGUGCUUUUGCGAAGGGUGCACAGGAUAAAGGUGCGGAGAUUAUUGAGCAGUGCCCGACGUUCAAGUUAACAGAAGAUUCAUCGACAGGAGAAUGGUUAGUUCAGCUUGACGAUGGACGUGAGUUUCGCGCACACCACAUCGUGAAUGCUGCUGGACUGUGGGCAGGCGAAGUUGGAGCAUUAACUAAUCUCGAAGUCCCUCUUGUCCAUCUUGAACAUCAGUACGCCGAAAUAGGACCUAUAGAGGAGCUGAGUUCUUUAACCAAUCUCCCUGCUAUUAUUGAUCAUGACAGCACGUUCUACGUGCGUCCAUAUGGUAAUAUACUCUUAUUUGGAGGCUUUGAAAGUCACCCUUCGGAUGUCGCAAUUCGAGAAGACUGGCAUACUAAAAUGCCAGAAGGUAUAACGCUGAAUAACGCAAAAGUUGAAGCUAAUUUCAAGAGACUCAGAGGAGCGUACAACAGCGCGUGUGACUUGAUUCCUGCUUUAAGUGGCGCUGAAGUUUCGGCGAGAGCUUCUGCUUUUACAAUGACGGCAGAUGGAUAUCCGCUAGUUGGUCCCACUAGUCACAGACAGAACUACUGGUUAAUGGCCGGCUUUUUCGAUGGCAUUUCAAGUGGUGGUGGCAUGGGGAAAUAUUUGGCUGAUUGGAUAGUUGACGGAGAACCUCCUUCAGAGCUUUUCGACACUGAUGCUAAUCGGUUUGAUCGAUGGGCCACUCGCGAUUUUAUUCGCGAGAAAAGUCGUGAGACGUAUUCCAUGUAUUACAACUGGUCCUAUACUAACAGAUUAGCAGGUCGUCCAACCGAACGUGUUAGCGGAAUUUAUGCUCGUUUGGCUAAGGAAGGUGGCGUGUUUUCGUUCAGGAAUGGUUGGGAGGUUGCCCAAGCUUUUGCAGUCCAUGAUGAGCCUCGACUGCCGUCAAUGAUCCGUGAAUAUCAGAUGGUGACCAACAAGUGUGGCAUUAUUGAUCUUACUUGGAAAGGAAAGAUAGAAGUGCGUGGGCCAGACGCUAAAACAUUUUUGGAACGAGUACUCACUACUGGUGUUCCUUCUUUAGGAGCUAUUGCUUCGAGUUUUAUGUUGACACGUAGAGGCAAUUUGUUAGCUCCAUUGAAAGUUUUCCAUCAUGACCAGUUCAGAGAUCAAUUUAUUCUUUUAUCUGAUCCCGAACGGGAGUCUCGAGAUUUAUUUUGGCUGCAGCGAGCUGCCGAGGAAAUGAAAAUGAAAGUUGAUGUCUCUGCCGUGAGCGAAUAUUUGUCCUCUUUGGCUAUUGUGGGCCCUAGCAGCCGUGAUGUUUUAAGGGAGUUGAUUAAGGGCGACAUUUCUGAUGAAGCAUUCCCUGAACACACUACCAGACUUGUGCGUAUUGAUAAUGUUCCAGUGCUCGCUGCGAGAACAUCCUCUUUGACUGGGCAGCUUUCAUAUGAACUCUAUCACAGCAGGCAUGCUCUAGUUUUGAAAUUAGCAGACUCUUUGCGGGUUUAUAACGCUCUAAUGAAGGCGGGAAAGAACUACGGCGUUGUGAAUUUUGGUCAAACAACUCUUAAUAUAUUGAGAAUAGAGCAUGGCUUCAGGCUCUGGGGAAGAGAGCUCACUCUCAACACAAAUCUUUUUGAAUGUGGAUUGGGUCACUUGGUUGACUUAAGCAAGAAAGAUUUCAUUGGGAGGGCUUCAGCAGCAGAUUUGUCAAAGAAACAAUGGAGUCGAAAACAGAUACUAGUAGCUUGUGAACCUCUGAAGGAGGUUCGAGAUUGGACGAAUAUCCCUCAAGGAAUGGAAGUAAUCCGAAGACAAGGCGAAGAAGAGCGGAUCGGACAAGUGACUUCAGGCACGUACAGUGUUAGACUUCAACGUCCUCUCGCUUUUGCUUGGAUAAAUUCUGACAUUACUGUAAACGAUAAGGUUUGUCAACAACGCACUGCUGAAAACAUUGAUGUCAAAGUAGCGCCUGCAAAAAUGCAGUAG